AUGAGAGCCGCCAUCGUUUUUCCGGCAAUACAACGUAGUGCUAAUUUCUCCGUUUUUAGAAUGGUUCCAGUGGCUACAUUUAUGUUAAGUCUGGUCGCUCGGGACGUUGUACGUUUUGAUUAUGGUAUGGUAUUGUCAGAUCCAAACAUAUGGCUACUUUAUUUGUUUGUCAUAUCUUCGUUAGGUGUUUAUAGAAUUAUUAUCGCGGGUUGGUCUAGUAAAGCAUCCCACUCCACAAGUUGA